UCAAACUCCUGCACUAACAACAGACAAAGAAACCUCUGUUUAAACACAAGGAGAAGUCUACUGGAAGUGCGUCUGAACUUCUUUAAUAAGCGAGACUUCACCACAGAAUCCAUCAUGAAGAAACUGCUUGUGGAUGUUGAUUGUGGAGUGGAUGAUGCUCAGGCCAUUAUGAUGGCCUUGGCCGUGCCAGACGUGCAGAUCCUGGGCAUCACCUGUGUUCAUGGAAACACUAAAAUAGAUAAUGUCUGCAAAAAUGUUCUGCGGGUCCUGGAUGUUUGUAAUCAUCUGGAGAUUCCUGUAUUCCGUGGAGCAGCUAAAUCACUCUUGGGUCAGAUCACCAGUGCUGGAGAAUUCCAUGGGACAGAUGGACUUGGGGAUGCCCCAGAUCCCAAUGCUCCUGGUUUGGACCUCAUUCAGGCAGAAGGAGCGGUGUCAGCCAUGAUUCGAAUAGUCAAUGAAAAUCCUGGGGAGGUAUCUCUAGUGGCCACGGCUCCACUGACGAAUCUAGCAUUGGCAGUGAAACUUGAUCCCACAUUCCCCCAGAAACUCAAAGGCCUUUAUAUUAUGGGUGGCAACACAGAUUCUCGUGGGAACACCACCAUGUGUGGAGAAUACAACUUUGCAGCUGAUCCUGAAGCAGCUUACAUCGUUCUAAAUGAAUUUCUUUGCCCAAUUUACGUUGCAACCUGGGAGUUUACCUGUCGAAGUAAAAUACCCUGGGACUUCUGUGAUGGCUGGCUGGCCCAGGACACAGAUAAGACUCGGUUCAUGAAAAAGAUCUUUAAGCACAGCAUGGAGUCCAGCCACAGUGAGAGAGUGGAAAAGGAGCUGGUAUCAGGACAGGGGUUCAUCUCCUGUGAUUCUUAUGCCAUGGCAGCUGCCAUAGAUGACAAAUAUCUCAUUGAAACUGACCAAAAAGCUGUAACAGUAGAGCUUGCAGGCAACUGUUGCAGAGGAAUGAUGGUUGUAGAUCAUCUUGAACUUCUGCAGAAAACUCACAAAGUCCACAUCAUAAAGAAGGUGGACUUAGAGCGAUUUAAAAUGCUUAUGAUGAAUGCUUUAAAAUAAUAUAUCCAUAAUUUCAUUUUAUGAAUGUAUUUUAUAAUCAUCUUUGUAGAUU